UGCCGUGGUUGCAGGCCCGGCCCGCCAGCUCGUCCGCUGACAGCGAGCCUUUAGGGUGGAGGGAAGCGGGUCCGUUGGUCCGCCAGGCACGAGGCUCAGCCGGCGGCCAGGCCCGAGCGGAGCCGUUGCCAUGGCAGCCGCCGCCGGAGGCGCGGACGACGAGUCGCGCUCCGGCCGCUCGAGCUCCGACGGCGAGUGCGCGGUGGCGCCGGAGCCGCUGACAGGUCCCGAGGGCCUCUUCUCCUUCGCCGACUUUGGGUCUGCGCUGGGCGGCGGCGCGGGCCUCCCGGGCCGGGCGUCCGGCGGGGCCCAGUCCCCGUUGCGCUACCUGCACGUCCUGUGGCAGCAGGACACGGAGCCCCGCGAUGAGCUGCGCUGUAAAAUCCCCGCGAGCAGGCUGAGGCGCGCCGCCAGGCCCCACCGCCGGCUCGGGCCCACUGGCAAGGAGGUGCACGCUCUGAAAAGGCUGAGGGACUCAGCCAAUGCCAACGAUGUGGAAACAGUGCAGCAGCUCCUGGAGGAUGGCGCGGACCCCUGUGCAGCUGACGACAAGGGCCGCACUGCCCUGCACUUUGCCUCCUGCAAUGGCAACGACCAGAUUGUGCAGCUGCUUCUGGACCACGGAGCCGACCCCAACCAGCGAGAUGGGCUGGGGAACACACCACUGCACCUGGCGGCCUGCACCAACCACGCCCCCGUCAUCACCACGCUGCUGCGAGGAGGGGCCCGGGUGGACGCCCUGGACCGAGCAGGCCGCACACCCCUGCACCUGGCUAAGUCCAAGCUCAACAUCCUGCAGGAAGGCCACUCCCAAUGCCUGGAUGCUGUGCGGCUGGAGGUGAAGCAGAUCAUCCAGAUGCUGAGGGAGUACCUGGAGCGCCUAGGGCGGCAUGAGCAGCGGGAGCGGCUAGAUGACCUCUGCACCCGCCUCCAGAUGACAAGCACCCGCGAGCAGGUGGACGAAGUGACUGACCUGCUGGCCAGCUUCACCUCCCUCAGCUUGCAGAUGCAGAACAUGGAGAAGAGGUAGCGAGAGCCGCUCCCCGCCGUCCCUCCUGCUGCCCGCCCCGCCCCGCCCGCUGCCCUCUUGCUACAAAGAAAAGGCCUGGCACCUGGGACCCCGUCUGCCGAGGCCUCAUCCCAGCUGCUGGGAGGCAGAGGCGUUCUCUCACUGACCUCAGCGCCACUCCCAGCCACAGUCUGUCGUGUCCAUGGGCCGAGACCACAGCCCCCAGCUUCUUCCUUUGGCUCCCGCAGCAGCACAGCCAUGCCUCUGCCCUGGCUGACUUGACACGCGCUCUCCUCACAGGCCUCGCUCAUCCCACAGCCUCCCUGGUGCCCUCAGCGGGCCCCAGACCCUCCUCUGAGUCCCCUCCCGGCCGUGGGCUUGUUGCAGCCAGCCGGGUGGGCUUAGGGCAGGCACCCUCUGGCCUAGGGGGCUUCUUGGCUGGCCCUGCACCUCUCACCAGCACUUAGAUCAGGCUUGUCACCAGACUUGCAAGGAGACAUGGCAGCUACUUUCUUUGGUUUGGAAGGGGCCAGGGGGUUGGUGAAGCCUAGACCUUAGAAAUACAAGGUUAGGGAGGACCUAGCUGAACCCAAAGCAGAAAAUCCCUGGCCCUUUUUUCCCCAAUCACUGAAACACCGGGAGGGUGUAACCUUUCUGCAGCCUAGUUGUAGUAGGUGAGGAGAGGUCCUCAAGAUGGCCACGUUCUAGUCCCAGGAACCAGUGAACACCAUCUUAUAUGAUGAAAGGGACUUUCAGAUGUCAUUAAGCUAAGGUCUUUAGACAGGGCAAUUAUCCUGGAUUAUCCAGGCAAGCCUGAUGUAAUCACAUGGAUCCUUAUUAGAAGGAAGCAGGAGCUCAGAGAGGACGUAGGGGACAGGGUGACCAAAUCAAGAAACGAGUAAUGCAAGGUAGGGGUCACAAGGCAAGGAAUGAGGUGGCCUCCAGUAGCUGGAAAAGACAAGGAGGGCUUCCCUGGUGGGCCAGUGGUUAAGAAUCCACCUGCCAAUGCAAGGGACACAGGUUUGAUCCCUGGUCUGGGAAAAUCCCACAUGCCUCCAGGCAACUAAGCCUGUGUGCCGCAACUACUGAAGCCCGUGCACAGCAGUGAAGACCCAGUGCAGCCAAAAAAUAAAUUAAAAAAUAAUAAUAAUAAGGCAAGGAAAUGGAUUCUUCCUUCAUAACUUCCAGAAGGAACCAACCUGCUGACACCUUGAUUUUAGCUCAGAGACAGGUUUCAAAUUCUGACUGCCAGAACUGUAAGAGAAUAAAUUUGUGUUGUUUUAAGAUACUA